ACGCUGCAUACAGCGACAUGGCGCUGCUCCGUUUGGUCGGCAUAGUGGUCUUCAUCCUGGCUCUCGGAGCCAAGGCACUGACCCCAUCACAUCACCUAACACCUACAGAUGUGGACAGACUUCAGGCUGCCCUGGACCAGCCUUUUAGGGACUUGAAGUCUGCAUAUUUUUCCAUCGUUGGCCUGAGCAAGCUGGGAGUGUCUGUGGCCGAUUCAAAUGAGGCCUGCAAAUUCAUCAAGUCCAAUCUGGACACCUCAAAUGUUGAAUCUCUCUUUUACGCUGCUGAGGCCAGUCAAGCAAUCUCAUCUUGCCAGAUUGCAGUUUCAAAUGAGACGCGCGAUUUGCUGCUUGCUGCUGUGAGUGAGGACUCCACCGUCUCUCAGAUCCACCAGGCUGUGAGUGCUCUUAGCUCCUUCGGACUGCCUCUGGCUUCACAGGAGGUGGUCAGUGCCCUUAAAGCUCGGAUUUCCAAGGAGGACAAUGUUCUGGCCAUCAUCCAAGCACUGCAGACGGCCUCCCGCCUUUCUCAGCAUGCUGAACUGGGAGAGAUCCUGGAGGAAAUUGAGGAUCUGGCUGCUCGACUGGAUGACCUGGGUGGCGUGUACCUGCAGUUUGAGGAAGGACUAGAGGCCACAGCACUGUUUGUGUCUGCAGCAUAUGCUCUGUCCGACCACGUGAACAUGGAGCCUCCAUUGAAAGAGGACCAAGUAAUCCAGCUGAUGAACUCCGUCUUCAGUAAGAAGUCAUGGGAAUCCCUGUCUGAAGCGUUUAGCGUAGCUAGUGCUGCUGCUGCUCUGUCCAACAACCGCUUUCACAAGCCCGUCGUCAUUACUGCUCUGGGCUCUGGAUCAAUCUCACAUGGUUAUCCUCUCCUGCAGCUCCAGGUGACUGAUGUUCUCUGUCAGCCUCUAAGCUCAGCCAAUGUGCUAUUAGAGACGGCCAACUCUGCAACCUCGAAAACCCCAAUACUCAGCCAGACUCCCUUCACCCUGAGCGAUGGUGUUUUCGAGCUGAACUUUAUGGCCAGCCAGCCUGCAAGCGGUUACUAUCAGUGCUCUGUGUCAGUUACUGGGGACAGUCGCUUUGUGGCCAACCACAUUGAUCUUAAGGUGAAAGUCUCCACCAAGGUAGCCAUCAACAACAUGGACCUGUCUGUGGUCGACAAGGACCAGAGCAUCGGUGCCAAGACCACCAGAGUGGAAUAUCCCAACAAGGCCAAGACCUCCUUCAUGGCUGACAGCCACCAGAACUUUGCUAUUACCUUUCAGUUGGUUGAUGAAGCCACCGGAGUAGAGCUUACUCCUCACCAGACCUUUGUAAGGCUUCAUAACCAGAAGACCGGUCAGGAAGUGGUGUUUGUGGCUGAGCCAGACAGCAAGAAGCUGUACAAGUUCGAGCUGGACACAGCUGAAAGAAAGGCCGAGUUUGAUUCAAUGUCUGGCACCUACGCGCUCCAUCUGAUGGUGGGAGAUGCCACACUGGAGAACCCGGUCUUAUGGAAUGUGGCUGACAUUGUUCUCAAGUUUAUUGAGGAAGAAGCUCCAUCGGCUGUUCAGUCCAAAAAUCUGUACGUUCCCAAACCAGUGAUCCAGCAUCUGUUCCGUGAGCCCGAGAAGAGACCUCCCACUGUCCUGUCCAACACAUUUACUGCACUUGUUCUCUCACCCCUUCUGCUACUGAUUAUUGUGUGGAUCAAGUUGGGUGCCAACAUUUCCAACUUCAGUCUGUCUCCCAGUUCUAUCCUCUUCCACCUCGGUCAUGCAGCCAUGCUGGGCCUGAUGUACGUGUACUGGACUCAACUGGACAUGUUCCAGACUCUGAAAUAUCUAGCCAUCCUUGGCAGCCUCACAUUCCUGGCUGGGAACCGCAUGCUGGCCCAGAAAGCAGUCAAAAGACAAGAGAGCAAAUGAUCAUGGAAAGCUGUCUUGAGAAGACUGGCGCUUCAUUUUUGUUCAUGUCUUUAUUUAAGUGAAGAAAUCCGGCAAGCAAAGCAAAGGUUGGUGGAAGUAAACUGGUGUGACUCUGACACUUGACAGUUCACCCCACUGUUCUAAUAAAGGACGACGUCUACAAAUCUGAAAACACGAAUGCAGUUUUACAAUUUCAUUAACUUUUUUUGUUGGAAAACUGAAUGCACUGUAAGAUUAAGCUGGUUCUGUUCAGGUGCUUUUCCCACUGAAAGCUGUCUGAUGUUUUGUCCCCGUCCUUUGUUUAAAAACUGGUGUUUUCUGAAGGUGAUGUGAUCAAUUACGUUUUUAUUUGAAUUCUAGUGACAAACAGCAUUUGUUCAACUUCACUCUAUUCCCAAAUUUUGAUACUUAUGUUGAUUACUGAUUAUUGAUUGUGCCAUUCGUCCAGCUUUUAACACCAUGAACACCCAGCAAUCAUUGGUUUUGUAAAGAAAAUAAAAAACAACACCACA